AUGAGCACAUGGAACAGCUGCAGUACAGAUCAUCAUUCAUAUGCUCGACCUCCUCUCGAGUCCCGCUGCAGUUUGUCUCCCUCUAGAGGUUGUGGAAGACAGCGCAGACACAGCAGGACGAGCAGUGAGUGUGGGUCUGCGGUGUCGACUCGCUCCUCUCUCUCUGAGGAUGAAGACAUGGGGUGGAACUUCUCCUGGCCCUCUACCGUCUGGCAUUGUUUUAUCCAAGGUACUCGGUUGCGUUUCCUUAGCAACAGUAAAAAUGAUUGGCAGGACAUUGGCGAAUUUAUAAGUGACAAACUUUCUGAAGAGGAGGAACUCACAUUAAAGAGUUACGGCUCAGAGGGACUUCAGCUGAUGGAACAUUCGGAGACUGUGUCAGGUGACCAGCCUGUGCUUGAACUGACAUUUAACCCUGGACCCUUCGGAAACAGUUUUCUGACUGCGCAGUGCCAACUUGAUCACCCGUUCUAUGUCAAAAACAAAGGCUGGUCCUCAUUCCACCCGAGCCUCACUGUGGUGCAUUAUGGGAUACCGUGUUACGAGAUGGAGGUGGCAGACGUCUGCUUACCACCGGGACACAGAGAUGCUAAGCACAUGGAUGACUCCCUAGUGUUGGACACUUUCAGGAGUUACUCGUUCACACCUCUGGACUCGUCUGCGGUAUACGUGCUCAGCAGUAUGGCCCGACGGAGGAGGGAGUCUCAGUCCAGCUCAGACACGGCCUCUCCAGACAGAAAGACAGCACAUGGCUCACACAGACCCGGCACGUCCCGCUCUCCUCAUCACAAACCAAUCUCUGACCAAAACCAAGACUCACCAGGAAACAGCGCGGCCACACCCUCCAAGAGCAAGCGGCCGAUGAACGCCUUCAUGUUGUUUGCUAAAAAGUACAGAGUUCACUACACGCAGAUGCAUCCCGGAAAAGACAACAGAGCCAUUAGCGUACUGCUGGGAGAGCGGUGGAAGAAGCUGCGCAGUGAGGAACGUAGGGUGUUCACGGCCCAGGCCAAAGCGUUAGCCGACGAGCAGAAGAGGAUCAACCCGGACUGUUGGAAACGCAAACGCACCACCUCUGGCUCUCAAGCAAACUGA